AUGAAGGAAGCAUAUUUUGCAGAGGAUCCCAAAUUUUUUAAUAAAAAAUUAAGACCCAAAAACUUGGAUGAAAUUUUAAAAUUUUUAAAAGAAAAGUUCAUAUUAAAUGAUGAUGAUAAAAUAAUAUUGAUUACAUCAGGUGGUACUAAAGUACCACUAGAAAAAAUCGAGAUAAGAAAUAUUGAUAAUUUUUCUACUGGUAAAAGAGGAACAUUAAUAUGUGAAUAUUUUUUGAAAAUAAAUAAGAAAGUAAUAUUUUUACAUAGAAAAGGUUCAUAUAUACCUUUUGAAUAUCAUUUAAAAGAUUUAGCAAAAAUGGAAAAUUUAAAAGUUGAAGAAAAUAAUAUUAGAUUUAAUUUAAAAAAAGAAAAUGAAAGAAAUAUAUUAAUAGAUAAUUUACAAAAUUAUAAAAGGUAUUAUAAUAACCUUUUUCUAAUUUCAUAUGAUACUAUAUUUGAAUAUGGUUUUUAUUUAACAGAAAUUAGUAAUUUAUUAAAUCAACAUAUGAUAAACAAAUAUCAAGAUAUUUUUUUAUUAAAAAAUAUAUAUCAUAAAUUAAAAAAAGAACAAAAUAUAAAUAAUUUAUUCUUAUAUGAAAUUUUUUAUUCAACAAAUAAUAUAUUAAAUGAUAUGCUCCUUUUUUUUAUGUCAAUACAAAAUAAAACAUGUUCUGAAAUUAUGAAACAUCAAAAUAAAUCUAACGAAUUAUAUUAUAAAUUAUUGUUAUUCUUAAACUUGCGUUUUGAUGUAUAUUCAAAUAACCAAUUUUUUAUAAACAUACAACCUUUUUUUAAAUAUAUUUUUGCCAUAUUAACUAAUAUCAUACAAAUGAAAGAGAAAUAUAAUAUACACCAGGAAGUUAUACAGAAUAUAGUUCAUUAUAUACAAAUGCUUAUAACAAAUUUUAACUCGGACCUACUUCAUAACAAAAUAAAUGACGAUAAAACAAUCAAUAAUAAUAUUAACAAUAUCAAUAAUAAUGACAAUAUUAAUCAUUGUGCUGGUAAUAAAAUAAACAACCCACAUAAUCAAUUAUCAAAUUCAGACACAUAUAUCUUACAUAAUAACAAUUCUUUAUGUAAUCAUUAUCAUUUAAAUAAUUUUUCAUUUAAUAUAAAUAAAUAUAUUAAUGAAGAAAAAGGGAAAAACAAAAAAACAAAUCAACAUAUAUCAGAACAAUUUUUAUUUCCUACACAUAUAGUUAUCAUGUGUGCAGCAGCUAGCGAUUUUUAUAUACCAUAUGAUGAAAUGCAUGAAAAUAAAAUUGAUAGUAAUUAUUCACCCCUUUCUAUUCAAUUGUGCUUAACUCCUAAAUUUUAUAAAAUCAUAAAUUCACAUUUCCCUCUUUUAAAAUAUUGUAUAUUCAAAUUAGAAGAUGAGGAAAAAAUACUAAUUGAUAAAUCAAAUCAACGUAUUAAAUAUACAGAUUUAUUAAUAGCUAAUCUAUUAACUCAAAGAUAUGAUUAUGUCUAUAUUUUUAAAAAACAAUUUGAAUAUGUCCUUUUGAAAAAAUCAAAUACUGAACAAAUCGAAAAUGAUAUAUGUUAUGAGAUAUGUAAACACUUUUCAAUUUUGUGA